GCCGCGGAGCGCACUUGAUCCUGUCGGCCAAAACAAAAACAAGGAGGAGAAGAAGCGCGUGGAGAGGAAACUACACGCAGAGGAUCCGCGGGGGCCCCGAAACCAAGAAGAAAAGAACCCCCCCCCCCCUCCCCCCUCCCCAUCUGGAUUAUAUUUCACGGAGCCUGGACGCAUCCCGUCCCACACAUGAGCAACAGAUGAACCCGACGAGGCCCAGUCAGCUGACCAAAGAGGCGUGACCUCCUCCUCUCGUCGCUCUCCACCCGGGCGCCAGUGAGGCUUCGGCCCGCCUCGCCAUCGUCACCAUUUCCCCUCCGACUUGGUCCCCCAGACGCGUCUCGAAGCUGUUUCUCCAACGAGUUUUCCGGAAACUCGGACUGUUUUCCAAAGCAGAAGCUUCGCCCUCCCAGACUGAGGUGAUGGGAAGCGUGCGAGCCAGCCAAUACAGCAUUGUGUCAUCAGAGGAGGACGGCAUGAAGCUCGCCACCAUGGCGGCGCCCAACGGCUACGGGAACGGCAAGAGCAAAGUGCACACGCGGCACCAGCCGCAGAGCCGCUUCGUGAAGAAAGACGGCCACUGCAACGUGCAGUUCGUCAACGUGAGCGAGAAGGGCCAGCGCUACCUGGCCGACAUCUUCACCACGUGCGUGGACAUCCGCUGGAGGUGGAUGUUCAUCAUCUUCUGCCUCGCCUUCCUCCUGUCGUGGCUGUUCUUCGGCUGCGUCUUCUGGCUGGUGGCCAUCUUCCACGGGGACUCGGGGAGCGACACCAAGAAGUGCGUCUCCAACGUGAGCAGCUUCACCGCCGCCUUCCUGUUCUCCAUCGAGACUCAGACCACCAUCGGCUACGGCUACAGGUACGUGACGGACGAGUGCCCGGUCGCCGUCUUCAUGGUGGUGUUCCAGAGCAUCGUGGGCUGCAUCAUCGACGCCUUCAUCAUCGGCGCCGUCAUGGCGAAGAUGGCGAAGCCCAAGAAGAGGAACGAGACUUUGGUGUUCAGCCACAACGCCACGGUGGCCAUGAGGGACAACAAGCUGUGCCUGAUGUGGCGCGUGGGCAACUUAAGGAAGAGCCACCUGGUCGAGGCGCACGUGCGGGCGCAGCUUCUGAAGUCCCGGACGACGGCGGAGGGCGAGUACAUCCCCCUCGACCAGAUGGACAUCGACGUGGGCUUCGACAGCGGAGUCGACCGCAUCUUCCUGGUCUCCCCGAUCACCAUCGUCCACGAGAUCGGCGAGGGCAGCCCCUUCUACGACAUGAGCAGACAGGACCUGGAGACCUCGGAGUUUGAGAUCGUGGUCAUCCUGGAGGGCAUGGUGGAGGCCACCGCCAUGACCACGCAGUGCCGCAGCUCCUACGUCUCCGGCGAGAUCCUCUGGGGCCACCGGUUCGACCCGGUGCUCUUCGAGGAGAAGAACUACUACAAGGUGGACUACUCCCGCUUCCACAAGACGUACGAGGUGGCGAGCACCCCGCUGUGCAGCGCCCGGGACCUCGCGGAGAAGAAAUACAUCCUCUCCAACUCCAACUCCUUCUGCUACGAGAACGAGAUGGCGCUGGAGAACAAGGAGGACACGGACGAGGGGAACGGGGGCAGCGUCGGGCCCGACGGCACCCAGGCGGACAACAUCUCGGAGACCGAGCACGGCCAGGCCACGGCGCCGCCGCCGGAGCCCCGGCCUCUGAGACGAGAGUCAGAGAUAUGACUGCCCUGAGCUCAGACCUCACGCUGAGGGAUCGUCUCUCUGCUCCGGACGGCACGACGAGCCGAGCUGGGCCUUCUUGGGUUGGAGGACAAGCCGAACGGUACUGCUGUAGGGGGGGUGGAGGGGGGGUUUAAGGACGUUGUAUGUAAGAGUCUGCUGCACGACAACACAGCACUGAACCGUGUGCACGUUGCAGGAAGGAUUCUCCACGAGGGCCCCGCCCCCCGCCCCCCUCCCCCCCGUGAAUGUGUCGGGCGAACCGCGACGCCCCCGGAGAGGAAAAAAGGAGCUCGUUGAGGACUUUGAAACAUUCGGAGUCUCAGUUUGUCUGUCCGGCGUGAACAAAAAGAGGUGUUUUUAUUUUUUUAUUUGUUUUGUAGAGUUAGAAUAGAUCCUCAAGUGCUGCUAGAACCAGUUUUGACUUUGUGCCUUUUCACAAGACCCAAAGAGACGUCUGGAACAACAGGAGGUACGCGGGAGGAGAGCAUUCUGUUCGCGAGCCGGUCUCACAGACGUCCGGGAAACACGUCGACGCCUUUUUGGUUUCCUCUCACUUCGACAGCGACGGGGUUUUUCUGAUCUCCUGCGUUGCCCCUUUUUCUUUUGUUGUUGUUGUUGUUGUUGUUGUUGCAGUUAUUGAUCCGGUCAGAAAACACGCCCCGCUCGUGUCGAGAGACGGGAGUAUUAACGGCAAUCAGACCGACGGGAAGAAUCGUUAAUUUAAUCUUGAGAAUCUGAAUGUUCUGAUAAAAGUGCUGCUAUGAUGUCGCUUCUUUUCUUUUCUUUUUUUACGAUUGAUAGAAAAAUACCAUAGAGUAUUAUUAUCAUAUUUACGUGUUUCUUAGAAAACAAAACACCUGCUUAAGUUUUUUUUUUUGGUACAGAGAAGUGAAGGAGGCGGGUUUAGGUUUGUUUUGUUUGUUUCGAGAAAUGUGCGUCGAGCUUUUAUUUUGUAGGUCUUCACCUCGAAGCCUCUUCAUCGAGAGCCGUAAUCUGGAAAAGGGAGAAAGACUUGAACAGGAAGCGCUGGUUCUGUUGGCUUCGCUCCACUAAGAGAUGAGAUGAGAUGAGAUGAGACAGGAACACGCUGAUGUUUUGGAGGAUUUAUAAACUUUCUUUUCAAAAGGUUAUUUAAAAAUCCGAUUUCUGAAUCUGAUCGGAGACCGAAAAAGAAAUGUUUUCUCGCAAAAAUAUCAAAUCCAUAUUCAAUGCCACUGUUCCCUCUCCAGCCUCCUUCUUCUUCCUCUUCUUCUUCUUCUUCCUCUUCUUCUUCUUCAUCACUCCUUCGGGCAGCUCGCAGCCCGGCGUACUGUAACCCACGAGAGUUUUGCAUCAAGACAUCUUCACUGUG